UAGUUCUCCUCUACCAGCUCUUCAGUCGUGAGUGGAGACUCGAAGAGGUUGCUCGACGGCAGUUUGUUUCCAUGUUAUUUCGUGUGUGAAGUGGCAUUUCAUAAUUUUAUCGUGAUCCAGCUGCCCAAAUCUUCAAUAGCCAUCGAGGUGUAUAAAAUCAUUCAGUGAUUCAGCGGCGGAUCCUUAAAAUUAAUGAAAAGGAACUGAGGCGUAUCGAGGUCAAGAACAUCAAUUGGUUGUAUCGGCAUCUGUAUUCUCGACUUUGUCGUGAGAGACGCUUUUUUUGUGCUUCAGCGAUUAUAUUUUUUUUCCCAAAAUUAAAGAAUAAAAAUGACUCUCGGUGUCCUUCGACUGUGCACUUUGAGUGGUGAGCACAUUUUACGCAUCCCACGUCCAAUUCAUCCCCUGCGACUGUUCUCGGGGUCUGUGAAGCUCCUGCAAAAGGAUGGGAAACCUGUGGAAGCUAUCAAGGGGAUUGCGUACAAAAAUCUCACAAUUGGUUGUCCCAAGGAACGAUGGAACAAUGAGAGACGUGUCGCCAUGACCCCAGCUGUAGCAGCUACUCUCAUAAAGAAGGGCUUCAAUGUUAAUGUGGAGUCUGGAGCGGGAUUUGAAGCAAAAUUCCGCGAUGAAGACUACAUUCAAGCAGGAGCUAAGAUUGUUGACUCGAAAGGCAUUUACAAUGCCGAUAUUUUGCUCAAAGUCCGUCAACCUACAAAUGAGGAAGUUCCACUUCUGAAGCCUGAAUCGACGCUCAUAUCGUUCCUCUAUCCAGCGCAGAACAAGGAACUGAUAAACGAACUAGCCAAGAAGAAGAUCAAUGCUUUCGCUAUGGACUCUAUUCCACGAAUUUCUCGUGCUCAAGUCUUUGACGCUCUCAGCUCAAUGGCCAAUAUUGCUGGGUAUCGAGCAGUCAUUGAGGCUGCAAACUACUUCCCUCGCUUCUUUACUGGUCAGAUCACAGCUGCUGGUAAAGUUCCUCCUGCCAAGAUCCUCGUGAUCGGUGGUGGAGUGGCUGGUUUGGCUGCAAUUGGUCAAGCUCGCGGAAUGGGUGCCAUUGUACGAGCCUUUGACACACGUUCAGUGGUUAAAGAGCAAGUGGAAAGUAUGGGAGCUGAAUUCCUUACAAUUGACAUUCAGGAAGAGGGUGGCACAGCCGGUGGCUACAGUAAGGAGAUGAGUAAGGCCUUUAUCGAUGCCGAACAUGCUCUCUUCGCCAAGCAAUGCAAAGAAGUGGAUGUAAUCAUUACAACAGCUCUUAUUCCCGGAAAGAAGGCUCCAGUGUUGAUCCUGGAGGAGCAUGUAAAAUCCAUGAAGCCCGGAAGUGUUAUUGUCGACUUGGCAGCUGAAGCUGGAGGAAAUGUGGCCACCACAGUUCCCGGACAAGUUAAAGUGGUUCAUGAUGUUGUUCAUGUAGGUAUCACAGAUUUAGCCAGUCGCCUUCCCACGCAAAGUUCCACCCUGUACGCCAACAACAUCAGCAAAUUCCUCCUGUCCAUCGGUGAGAAAAAUCACUUUGAUAUCCGUUUGGAGGAUGAGGUUGUUCGAGGAUCAAUUGUUCUCCGAAAUGGUGAACUCAUGUGGCCUCCACCAGUAAUCCCCGUUGCAGCUCAAGCAGCUCCUGCUGCCGACACAAAAGCACCUGCCAAGGUUGAACCCGUCCCUGAAGAUCCCUUCCAGAAGCAACUCAAAAGCAGUUUGACCUACACAGCUGGUUUAGCGUCACUCCUCGCUCUCGGAGUGGGCUCUCCAAAUCCCGCUUUCACCACAAUGAUGACCACCUUCGGUCUGUCCGGCAUUGUGGGUUACCACACUGUCUGGGGCGUCACUCCAGCCCUUCACUCACCCCUCAUGUCCGUCACCAAUGCCAUCUCAGGCAUCACAGCUGUCGGUGGACUUUUGCUGAUGGGCGGCGGAGUUACCCCUUCAAACACCAUUGAAUCCCUGGCUGCAGGAGCUGCUCUCAUUUCCUUCAUCAACAUCUUCGGUGGAUUCCUGGUCACUCAGAGGAUGCUGGACAUGUUCAAGAGACCCGGAGAUCCACCAGAGUACAAUCUCUUGUUCGGAAUUCCAGCCGCUGCCUUCCUUGGUGGAUAUGGAUAUGCCGCACUUUCCGGCUUCCCUGAAAUUCAUCAAAUGGCCUACCUAGCAUCUAGUUUAUGCUGUGUUGGUGCUCUAGCCGGUCUCUCAUCGCAGAAGACAUCCCGCCUGGGCAAUGCCCUGGGCAUGAUUGGCGUAAGCGGCGGAAUUGCCGCAACUCUUGGCCAUAUGUCGCCUUCCAAUGAAGUUCUGAUGCAAAUGGGUGGUGUAGCUGCCCUGGGUGGUGCUCUGGGUGGUAUCAUCGCUAAGAGGAUCCAGAUCACAGAUCUACCACAGCUCGUAGCUGGUUUCCACAGUUUAGUGGGUCUUGCAGCUGUUCUCACAUGCGUCGCUACUUAUAUGCACGAUUUCCCAACAUUGGCAACAGAUCCGGCUGCCAAUGUGCUCAAGACUGCCCUGUUCCUGGGCACAUACAUUGGCGGAGUGACAUUCAGUGGAUCACUGGUGGCUUAUGGAAAGCUCCAGGGACUUUUGAGCUCAAAUCCACUCCUCCUACCAGGUAGACACUUCAUCAAUGGUGGUCUUCUUGCUGGAAAUGCUCUGGCCAUGGGAAUGUUCUACAUGGAACCAACACUUGCUGGUGGUUUGGGACUUCUAGGGGCCACAUCCCUCAUGUCCACUGCCAUGGGAGUGACUCUAACAGCUGCAAUUGGAGGGGCUGAUAUGCCAGUGGUCAUCACUGUGCUCAAUUCCUAUUCCGGAUGGGCACUCUGUGCUGAAGGUUUCAUGCUCAACAACAAUCUUAUGACGAUUGUUGGAGCUCUCAUUGGAUCUUCCGGUGCUAUUCUGUCCUACAUUAUGUGCAAGGCCAUGAAUCGCUCCCUGCCCAAUGUCAUCCUUGGAGGAUACGGGACACUUUCUACUGGUGGUGGUAAGGCUAUGGAAAUCACAGGAACUCACACGGAAGUGAAUGUGGAUGGUUGCGUGGAUAUGAUUAAGAACGCCAAGAAUAUCAUUAUCACUCCCGGAUAUGGGCUGUGUGUGGCUAAGGCUCAGUAUCCAAUUGCCGAGAUGGUAUCCAUCCUUAAGAAUAAGGGCAAGAAAGUUCGUUUCGGAAUUCAUCCGGUGGCUGGAAGAAUGCCUGGACAACUCAAUGUUCUUCUGGCUGAAGCUGGUGUUCCAUACGAUGAUGUACUCGAAAUGGAAGAGAUUAAUGAUGACUUCUCGGAAACUGAUCUUGUUCUGGUGAUUGGCGCCAAUGACACAGUCAACAGUGCAGCUGAAGAUGAUCCAAACUCCAUCAUUGCCGGAAUGCCGGUGCUCAGAGUAUGGAAAGCUGAUCAGGUUGUCGUGAUGAAAAGAUCUCUGGGCGUUGGUUAUGCUGCCGUUGACAAUCCCAUCUUCUACAAGCCAAACACAUCAAUGUUAUUGGGUGAUGCCAAGAAAACUUGUGAUGCGCUUCUAUCGAAAAUUAAGGAAGACAAUUAGGCAAAGAAAAUUGUACAAAAACAAAAAAUUAAUAACCCCUUCCACUUCAUAUGAAUGUUCUUCCUCAAAUCAAGUGGUCCGUGAAAAAAAAAGGAUCAACUAGCGAAAAUGUUUUUUUCGGAUGAAAACCAAUUUUAGCAAAAGAAAAAAAUGUACGACAAAAGUCCUCAAAGUGAAAAUUGAUAAUCACACAUUAGAGAUUGAUGGAAAAUAUAAAUAUAUUUUAUACACAACUUUUACAGUUAAAGAGACUAAAAAAAAUUUUCACUAUUUUCCGCACAAAUAUUUUUUUUUCCAUUGAGAGCUGAAGGAGUCAAUAUUGUGGAAGAAAGCGAAAUAGGACUUUUUGUGUUAUUAAACGAGUAAAAAAAAAACAAGAUUUUUCUAAAGCAAUUUUGUCGCAUAAACAGCAUUUAAAAACUUUUUAAACUCUACAUGAGAUGUUAAUUUAACGAAUAAAUUUUAAUUUAUUUUAA